CUGUCUCUGCUCAGCGGCCCGGUCUCGGCGCGGGUCCCGGCCUCGGCGAUAAACCCGGGCGAGACAAUGGGACACCUGGGCCUGGUUAAAGAAUUAAAUCCCGUUUCGUGCUGACAAGACGAGACCGUCCCUACAAUAUAGUUAAAAAUGUGCUGUGAUAUAAAGAGGAGGUUUUUGCUGCUUUAUGCAACACAGAAGGGACAGGCAAAAGCCAUAGCUGAGGAAAUAUGCCAGCAGGCAGAUGCACAUGGAUUUGAAGCUGAUAUUCACUGUAUAACUGAGUCAGACAAGUAUAAUCUGGUAACAGAAAAGGACCCUCUUGUUAUUGUUAUUUCCACUACUGGUACUGGAGACCCUCCAGACACAGCUUGCAAGUUUGUUAAGGAAAUUAAAAACAAGACCUUGCCACCCGAUCAUUUUGCACAUCUACGUUAUGGAUUGUUAGGUCUGGGAGAUUCUGAAUACAUGUUCUUCUGCAAUGGUGGGAAGAUAGUAGACAAACGGCUCCAGGAACUCGGUGCACAGCAUUUCCAUGAGACUGGACUGGCGGAUGAUUGCGUAGGUUUGGAAAUAGUGGUAGAGCCAUGGAUCGAUGGGCUUUGGCUUGCCCUUAGAAGAGAAUUUACGUCACGGAACAUAAAAGAAGACAUGAGCAACAAUCUCAGGGCUGUGUCUAAUGGUGUCUCUGCAAUGACUGUGGACCCAAGCAUGUCAGGAGCAUGCAGCUUAGACUCAGAAAUACAGCAUUUGAAGCUAGAAGAUUUAGAAGUGAAGGUUACUGAUACUUUAUCCCAAAGACCAGCUAAUGUUCAUUCUGUCGUGUCUGUUCAAAAUACUGAACCUUCACUUGAUCGAUCAGUCCCUCCUCUUUCAAAGUCCACUCUUAAUAUUCCUGCUCUGCCAUCAGAAUAUAUAGAUGUACAGUUUCAGGACAGCAUUGACCAGGAACUCAGUGUGUCCUCAUUGAUUUCAGAUGGUACAGUCUUCCAUGUUCCAGUGACCAAAGCAGUUCAGCUCUCUAGGGAAGAUGCAGUAAAAACAGCUUUGCUGUUAGAACUUGAUAUUUCAAAAACAACAUUUUGCUACCAACCUGGAGAUGCCUUCUGUGUCAUAUGCCCCAACAAUGCCAGGGAGGUGCAAGAACUUCUUCAUCUCUUGGGACUUUCAGAAAGGAAAGAGUGCUUUGUUUGCUUAAAGAUUAAACAAGCCACUAAAAAGAAAGGAGCAGCUCAGCCAGAGCAUAUACCUGAAGGAAGUACCGUGGAAUUUAUUCUUACCUGGAGUCUGGAAAUAAGAGCAGUUCCCAAAAAGGCAUUUUUGCGAGCUCUUGUAGAAUACACCAGUGAUGCCAGAGAAAAGCGAAGGCUUCAGGAGCUGUGCAGCAAACAAGGAGCCUCUGAUUACAAUAGUUUCAUCAGAGACCCUAAUAUCUGCUUAUUGGAUUUACUCCAUGCUUUUCCAACGUGCAGACCUCCACUUAAUCUGCUGAUAGAACAUCUUCCUAAACUGCAAGCCAGGUCCUAUUCAGCUUCAAGCUCCAAUUUAUUUCAACCAGGAAAACUGCAGUUUGUUUUUAAUGUUGUGGAGUUUCCAUCCUCCCCAUCUCGACUGGUUUCACGAAAAGGAGUGUGUACAGGUUGGCUUGCUGAGUUAGUUGAACCAAUGCUUCAGCCACAUAAAAACUCUCUAAACGCAAAGGAAGGAAAAUCGUCAACUGUAAAGGUCUCUAUUUUUGCUCGGCCAAUCAACACUUUCCACUUACCUUCAGAUCCAUCUGUCCCUUUUAUGAUGGUGGGUCCAGGAACUGGAGUUUCACCUUUUAUUGGUUUCCUGCAACAUAGACAGAAACUCCAAGAAGAGCAUACAGACUGGAAGUUUGGAGAGACAUGGCUGUUUUUCGGGUGCCGACAUCAGGACAGAGACUACUUAUUCAGAGAUGAGCUCAGAAGUUUUGUUGAAAAUAGCACAUUAACUCAUCUUAAGGUUUGUUUCUCAAGAGACCCUCCAGCUGCAGCAGAAAAAAACCCAACUAAAUAUGUGCAAGACAACAUUCGACUUUGUGCUAAAGAGGUUGCCAGAGUCCUGCUGAAGGAGAGAGGUUGUUUCUAUGUAUGUGGAGAUGCAAAGCACAUGGCUAAAGAUGUGAAUGAUACUUUAGUGGACAUUUUAAGCACUGAUGCUGGAGUUGACAAAUUAGAAGCAAUGAAAAUCCUGGCUACAUUAAGACAAGAAAAACGCUAUCUCCAGGAUGUCUGGGCCUAAAUGUGUUGCCUCUGUGCCUUUGCAAAACAGAGACUGUUAGACAAUUUUUACCGUAUAUACUGUAUGAAGACUCUGCUGAUUCUUUGGAUUACUGUUAUUUCAACGUCACUUAAGUAAAUUCUCUUUUAAAAGCAGCCAAUUGAUAAUUAUUAUUAUUUUUUAAAUUACUAUUCUCUAGUCAUUUAAUUCUGGAUAAUUCCUACUGAUCUUUUGAAUGGCAUUUAAAGCCUUUACAACAACAACAACAACAAAAUGGAACCUAUGAAUCAUCACUUUGUAGCAAUAUUACCAAGUAGAUUCUCAUGGAGCUCCAUUCCUCCAAUUUAAUAACAGUACAACUAAAUAAGUAACAUUAUGUGUACUGUAUACGAUAAUAUAUAUAAUAUUGUAUACUAUACAAAUGCAGAAGUUUAUUUUCAAAGUAUACCGUUUAUCAUGUACAUCUUAUUGCCAAGAUGUAGUUGAACGUAUUAUGUGAAAGCUUUUUGAGGGAAUUUUUCUUCGUUGCCUUAGAACAUAUGACACAAGUUGCAAACAGGAAUAAAUAUUUAAAAUAUUG